ACGGGGAUCACUGGAGCAGGGGAUGGGACGGUGCAGUACAGAGAAGCAGCUAAGGUGAUUGGGGUCAGGCUGAGGGGUAAGAGAGGCUGGUAAGCAGAAAGCGGUCUCCAUCCCGACCCCUGAGUUUAAAUCGCCGUCGCUCUCUUAGUAUGUCCUUUUCAGGAACGGUAUUUUCCUGAAACUUAUAGCCUGGUACUGUGUGACUACUCAAAUGUAAGCCCUACUGUGUUCAUUGGAGCCUACUCCCAGCAGGAUUUUAUGCAUGACAAGGGAAAAUGAACCCCAGCAUGAGUGAGGAGCCUGAUGCACUGGCUGUAGUUAAUCAGCUGAGGGAUCUAGCUGCUGACCCCUUAAACAGACGAGCAAUUGUCCAGGAUCAGGGAUGUCUACCAGGGCUUAUUUUGUUUUUGGACCACCCCAAUCCUCCAGUUGUCCAUUCAGCCCUGCUUGCUAAUGAAAAUGACCAUAAUGUAAUAUGCACAUUACAGGCUCUCCGCUAUUUGGCUGAAUGUCGGGCAAACAGAGAGAAGAUGAAGAGUGAACUGGGUAUGAUGCUGAGCUUACAAACUGUAAUACAAAAGACCACAACACCAGGGGAGACUAAACUGUUGGCUUCAGAAAUCUAUGAUAUUCUUCAAUCUUCCAGCGUGUCAGACAUGGACAAUGUCAAUGAGAUGAAUUCUCGCCGCCGGAAAGCUCAGUUUUUCCUGGGAAGUACAAAUAAGCGUGCUAAAACUGUUGUUUUGCACAUAGAUGGUCUUGAUGAUUCGUCUCGGCGAAACCUGUGUGAAGAGGCCUUGUUGAAAAUUAAAGGGGUUAUCAGCUUUACUUUUCAAAUGGCAGUUCAAAGAUGUGUAGUCCGAAUCAGAUCAGACUUAAAAGCAGAGGCGCUGGCAACGGCAAUAGCGUCAACCAAAGUUAUGAAAGCCCAGCAAGUUGUGAAAGAUGAAAGUGGAGAAGAGUUGCUGAUUCCAUUCCAAGAUACUCCUGUAGAAGUGGAGCAGAAUACAGACCUCCCGGAAUAUUUGCCAGAAGAUGAAAGCCCUUCGAAAGAGCAGGACAAAGCUGUGUCCCGUGUCGGAUCACACCCGGAAGGUGCCGCCAGCUGGCUGAGCACAGCUGCAAACUUUCUGUCCAGGUCCUUUUACUGGUGACUUGGAACUGAAGCUGAAGGACUCCACCAACCAACACGGGGCCAGUUUUCAUUUGGUCUGGUGAACUGCCAAGUGCAAUUUGCAAUAAGUUACCACAAAAAGAUUUUAGACUACACAAACAUAUGCUGUUUUACAUUUUAUUGGACAGUGGGCCUUUCAGGCCAGUCAGAAGGAUGGAGGCCUGAGGUGAUGUUCAUUUUCCCUCCCCGGUCACUGUUGUCAUCCAUGUUUUAUUGCCUCAUAUUUUAAUAUGGGUCCAUUAUUAACCAAACAUUUUGAGUGUAAAAAGCUUUAAGUUAAAAUUCUUGCUAAGCCACACAGAGAGCCCAUUCAACACAAAUCUCAGGACAGCACUGCAAGGAAAUUAUUAGUUCUAAGUCUGCAUGGAUUGAAACGCCUUUUUUUGGCCUUAUUUCUGAUUAUGUAUUUCCUCUGGAAAACCACUCUGGAGAAAACCCUCUUUGUUUGCCAUUUAUCUUUUCUUUCAAUGUUUUUCAGAGCCACUGUUUUUAUAUUCUACUUAUUGCAUUGCAAUGGAAAUGCUUCAGACUUGAACUUGAUAGCCCUUAAAUGUGUUUCAGAAAAAAAAAAUUCAGCCUAU